AAAAUGGGUGUGUGUUUAUUUUGGAUGUGUGUUUGAUUUAUAAUACUAUUGUGAUUUGAAAUAAAGUAUUGUGGACAACGUUAAAAAUUUUUCUUUUGCAUUUGAUAUCAAAGAAAGGUUGAAUUAAACAAGUAUUCUUGUCUUUUAAUAUUAAAAGAAACAUCAAAAUGGCACAAACUAAUACAUAUGCAAAGAAACAUGAAAACAUUCUUUAUAGCCAAGAGUUUAAGUUAUAUUUUAGUGAAAGCGUUGGAGUAGAUUGGAGAACACUUGGUCGUAGAUUAAAUAUUGAAGACAACUAUUUAGACAUGAUUGAUAAAGAUAAUAAUAAAACUGAGGAUAAAGCUUAUUCUAUGUUCACUACUUGGACGCGAAUGAAUGAUAAUCCAACACUUGAGGAGUUAAAAACAGCUUUAAGAAACAUGAAGAGAAUAGAUUUAAUAAGAAAAAUUGAUGAGUUUACAAAAACUUCGAGUUCACCAGAAAGUUCUACCAGAACUUCUUCUAAGAAAGAUACAUCAGAGGUGUGCACAGCACUGAAAAAAUAUUAUCGUGAAAAUUAUAGAAAAAUAAAUGAAAUUCAACCACCAUUAAAAGUACCUGCUAGUAUUGAUCUAAUGAAUAACUUUGUUGAUCUAUGUAUCGUUGAUGCAGUUAAUACUCAAAUGGAUGCUGUUUUUAAUUUUGAGCGAAAAAAAUUUCUUGAAAAGCAAAUGAACUAUACACCUAUUUCAUAUAGUGAAAUUUUUAUGAAAGAAAAAUCUGUAAUAUUAAUAUCUGGAAUAGCUGGUAUAGGAAAAACAUGGUUGCUUCGAAAAUGUUUGCUUGAUUAGUCAAACAGUUUAAUUUGGAAAAAUGUUGAACUUGUGUUUUAUUUGGAAUGCAGAAAUCUUAAUCAAUAUCAAAAUAUUUCUAAUAUUAAUGAAUUACUAAAUGUUUUCUACAAAGGUAUUAUAAAUGAUUAUGAUAUUAGUACUCAUUCUACGCUGUUUAUAAUUGAUGGAUUAGAUGAGUUUAAAUAUUUACAUGAACUAAUAAAUUGCAGUGCGAGUAGUAACUAUCCAAUUGUUAAUGUUUUAACAGAAAUUCAAAAAUAUAAAUAUGUAGUUGCUGGUAGAGUUUAUGCAAUUGAUCAGUAUCAAAGUAUAUCUACAGAGGAUUGUGAUAAGAUAAACAUUCAAAUUAUGGGAUUUAAUGAAGAUGGAAUAAAUAAUUAUAUAGAAAAUAAUGUUUUAGA